AUGGCACCUACAAAACGUCCUGCAGCUGAAGGCGAUCGCUCGAUUUCUCCUCCGCCCUUGAAGCGCAAAGCCCAAACCGCCAUCUCAAAGAGUGCGGUCGCAAGCUUCUUUACCCCCGUAUCCCAGAAACCAAAGGACCGAACCACCUGGACAGAGAAAAGCCCCGAUGCCGACUCGCCUGCCACCCUUCUUGUAGCCAAGUACGUCCCGGAAGGAUCGCCGACGAACGAUGAAUCAGUGAAUACAACAGUCAAGAGGAGGAAGAUUGCAGCCUUCGAUCUUGACUCGACCCUGAUUACAUCGGCCUCUGGCAAGAAACACUCCCACGACGCAGCCGACUGGAAAUGGUGGCACCACUCGGUCCCUGGUCGCUUGCGAAAGCUAUACCAAGUCAUAAUCUUCACCAACCAAGGCGGCCUAACCCUCCACGCCUCUCCAUCCUCCACCACCUCCUCCAAACCCAAGACCCCCAAAGCCCAACUCGACCGCGUCCCCCAAUUCAAGCAAAAAUGCUCCGCCGUGCUCUCCCAGCUCGACAUCCCCACGACGCUCUACGCCGCGACAAGCAAGGACAUCUACCGCAAGCCACGCCCCGGGAUGUGGCUAGAGAUGAAGGCCGACUACAACUUGGUCAACGACGACGACAUCGACCUCGAGAACAGCAUCUUCGUCGGCGACGCCGGCGGUCGCCAGUCGGAGCUUCCACCAAAUAGUAAUGGGCGUAAAGCGACCGCAACUCCCAAAGACUUUAGCUGCUCAGACCGCAACCUAGCGCACAACGUGGGCAUCAAGUACCAAACGCCCGAGGAGUUCUUUUUGGGGGAGGAGCCGAGGAAUUUCACCAGGGAUUUCGACCUUGUCAAAUACCCUUAUCCCUCCUCACCUACCACUACCGAUACAGACUCCUCGAAAAAAGAAAUCCUCUUCACCAAAAUCUCCCCCCAGGAACUAGUCCUCUUCGUCGGCCCCCCUGGCGCCGGCAAGUCGACCUUUUACUGGCGGCACCUGAAACCGCUUGGUUACGAGCGGGUCAACCAGGACGUGCUGAAAUCCAAAGACAAGUGCCUCAAGGCAGCGACCGAGUAUUUGAAGGAAGGCGACUCGGUGGUGGUGGACAACACCAAUCCCGAUCCGGAUACCCGCAAGCAGUGGGUUGAGCUCGCGAAGAAACAGGGGGUGCCGGUUCGGUGUGUGUGGUUUCGGACGCCGUUGGUUGUUUGUGAGCACAAUGAUGCCGUGAGAGCGUUGAAUAAACCACUUAAUCCCGAAUCCCGAACAUCACUCCCGAAGCUUGCCUUCAACAGCUUCAACGCCCGGUUCAAGGAGCCCAAGGUCAAAGAAGGCUUCCAGGACGUUACCGAGGUGGACUUCAAGUUCAGAGGAACCAAAGAGGAAUAUGAAAUAUGGGGGAAAUACUGGAUUUAGGGCUUAGUCAUGAUAGGUCUUGAUGUUGCGCAUGUUAGCAAAUACCCGAUGUUGCAAGUCUUUGCCCUUCCAGUUUCAAUCUCAGCCUUGUUAUUGCUUGAUAACCCACCAUGUAGACAA